UUUACCCUCGCUUUCACCCGCUGCCGUUAAUUACGCCCUGCAGGGCAGUGGUCUCGAUGGCGUAAGCCAUAUAGCCCGCAGUCACCCCAACGUUCCACUUCGUAUUGGUGAGCCACUUUGCUGUUGCUCGCUUCGCGGGAGCGCUUGUUCGGCAUCCCGCCGCUGGCAGAACGAAGGGUCGGUGGUAACGGGUCGACGGUAGUACCAAUUUAUGCACAUUACAUGUGCACCCAACCGCCUGUUGAACUACCGAGCUUGGCUCCCACAACCCCAACGUCUUCUCUAUACUUAUACCCAUCGCCGCCAGCAUUGGCUGUUGCGCAUCCUGCCCCUUGUGCGUUAUUGAGGAAGGACGGUUGUUGCUCGUCAUGUUGUUCGACCGCCGCCUCAUCGCCGGUCUGGCCGGUCUGUUGACUGCCACCGGAGCCAACGCCGCGUGCUCUUCCAAGCUAGUGGUCGACGACUUUACCACAUGGCUGAGCGGUCUCAACAAUCUGGGCUCUCAGAAUGGAGAUGAUGGAAGCAUGACGGCCAUUGCUGCCGCCCCGGGCCAUGUUGACUUCAUCCCGAAAGACGACGGUUCAUACUUCUAUGAGUCAUUCGAAUGCAUACAAGCCAUUACCGAAGGCUACAACGCCAUCGAGUUCAGCGUCCAGGGGCCAGCUGGAGGCUCAUUUGCCUUUGAGCUACAGAGCACCGCUAGCUGCGACACCAGCGAGGAAGGAAGCUACAACAGCUCCUGGAACAUCGUGACCGACUUGACGGGCGACCGUCAGACCGUCACCCUACCCCUUGAAGGAUGGGAAGACUCACCAAACUACGACGGGAUUGUCGGCCUGGUAUGGUCCACCUUCUCCGAGACAGGGAUAGUAUGGUCGGUUGGCAACGUCACCCUACUCUGUGGUGGUGGUGGUGAGGAAUCCCCUUCACCGGAUCCAACGGCGCCGCCGACAAGCACGGCAAUCCCACCGACGACAUCCCGAGCUACUACUCUCCCACCAGUCGUUACGGGCGACUGCUCCAACUUGCUGAUCGAUGACUGGGAGUCCCAGUCACGUCUGACCUUUCUUGGCUACAACGCUAUGCGCCAGACUUCGAGCGACGACGCGACUAUGGCUUCGGUUGUCGUUAGUGACAAUAGGGUCCUGCUGACCCCGAACGGCGAAGACUCGUAUUUCUACAGCCAGUUUGGCUGCCUUGACACCGAAAACAAAUACGGCGGCAUAUCGUUUCCUAUCACGGCAGCAGAGGGAGCUAGCUUUGCUGUGACUGUGGCCUGGACGGCGACCUGCGGCUCUGGCACCAACGAAGAAGUCACCCUGACCACCUCGCAACUGGAGUGGACUUUUGACGGCACUGAGCAGCUCUACUAUUUCCCCUUUUCUGCCUUCACGGGGGUAGACACCAGCAAGCUCACCAUGAUCUACCUUGCCGAGUUCAGCGAUGCCGUCACCCUUGGACCCAUGUCCUUUUACUGCGGCACGACCGGGUCCGGCUACACGAUUCCCGAAGGGCCUGCCACGUCACCGGCGGUCACACGUACCACCACGUCGGCUCCCGUGCCGACCCAGACGCUCCUGAUCGACGACUUUGCCAAUGCCGAGACCAACGCCUUGGGAGAGUGGCACGGCGGCGACGAAGAAGGCAUGACGACGACCUUUGGGAACAACGUCAUGACCAUCCGCACCAACGACUCGGAUCUGGCCUGGAACACGCAGCUGUCGGGCGACUGCAUCGACAUCCGCAGCUACGCCGGCGGCUACCUCCACAUCGCCUACUCCGGCAGCAACAAGUUCAGCGUGGCGCUGCAGCAGCACAACGCCGAGUGCAACCCGGACAUCAAGCCGUACCCGGAGACGUGGGACUCGCUCGAGGCGGCCCGCUACGGCACCGCCAGCGACAUCUACAUGCCCAUCAACCACUUCAACGUCAACCUCACGCGCGCCAUCGGCUUCGCCCUCAAGGGCUUCUACAGCACCGACGACACCAAGAUCACCAAGAUGGAGAUCGUCGACGCCCUGCCCGCCGACUGGAAGCUCCCGACCAAGCUCGCAUCAGGCAACCUCGUAUUCUCGUGCACGCGGCCCAACUCCUUCGCGGUAGCCAUCGACGACGGCGACCCGCAGUACGCAGCACAGGUCAUGGACACGAUCAGGCAAGCCGAGAUACCCGUAACCUUCUUCACGGUCGGCCUUCCCUUACUCGACACGACCAACGGGCUGGCGGACGUCUACAAGGAGAUGGCGGCGCAGGGCCACCAGAUCGCGCUGCACUCGUACACGCACCCCAAGAUGGAGGGCCUGCCGGACGAGGCGGCCAUCGACUGGGAGUACAACAACGACAUCGGGGCGGUGCGGCAGGUGUUCGGGAGCGACUCGCAGCAGGGGCACUCCAACUACUUCCGCCCGCCCUUCGGCACCGAGGGCGCGCGCAUGCGCCAGCGGCUGGCCGCCGCGCUGGAUGAUCCGUCCCCCUACCUCGUGCAGUGGAGUAUCGAUAUCGAGGACUGGAUCUGGGCCGAGAGCGAUACGCCCGAGAAGCAGCUUGAUGCUUUCAAGAGGGAUGUGGAAAUGGGUGGGAACUUGAUGGUGAUGCAUUAUUUGUACAACUCGACUGUUGAGCUGUUGCCCGAGUUUAUCAGGAUUGCGAAGGAGACGGGGAAGACGCUGAUGAGGGUUGAUCAGUGCAUGGAGGAUCCGAACGCGCCGCCUUUGGAGUAAGGGGACGAUUCGAGGGGGAGAAAGGGUUGGUAUACAGGAUCAUGUUCUUAAUGUGUGGUAUCAAGACUGAGUAAAACAACACGCGCGGGGCGACCAGGCGUAACGAAGAAAUGUGUCUUGCAACAUAACGUGUCGU